GUCGCAGUCGCAAUAGCAGUCGCUGUCCACGUUGCUCGAGCCGUCAUUUAAUCCGUUGGUUGGACUUACGGAGUAGCUUCUGUGGCGUUGUCAUCGCUAUCCGUGUAUAGUUUCUGUGGCUUGUCUGUGUUUUGCUCUGUCUGCAGCUGCCCGGCCUGCCCUGUCUAUCUGUUCAUUUCUGGUUCGGCGCGCGUGCAAAAACAAAGCUCAAUUUUAGCGGCGUGCGCUGGCCGUACAUAAAAAAUAGACUGAAUUGCUAAAGAUGUGCUAAAGCUUGUUUGCAUAACGAAAAAGAAGAAGAAAAGAAAACAAGCAGCAAGAAAAUUCGAUAUGCUAGUCUUAAAGGUGUCAAUUGAUUAAAGAGGUGCUAAAAAAGCUUGAAUCUCCUAAGAGCCAAAAAUCGCUUAAAGAUGCGUUUUAAUUUUACAACUCACUCGGCAGCGAAUACGACGCCGGCUGCAACAGCAACGACCACGGCGACGGCCAGGUCCAAUGAGAAGUCCGCCAAGCCACUCAAUCGGCCAACGACCAUCGAGGAGGACCCCGAUUCGCUGGACAGUGUGAUCAGCAAUCCGCAGUCGUAUCCCAUAACGAUCGUGCCCAAUCGUCCGGCCAGCUUUUAUGGCCUCUCCUCCACCAAUGGCAAAGCCUUUCAGCGACAGCCCAGCUGCAGGUCUCGCAACUUUCGGCCUGGCAGCAUGCGACGCGUGCGCCGUCGCGCCGUCUUCAAGAACGGCGACUGCAAUGUGGUGCAGAAGCAUCUGCAGCGCAGGCGGGUGCGCUUCCUCCAGGACAUGUACACCACGAUGGUGGACUGGCAAUGGCGCUGGACACUGCUGGCCUUCGCAAUGAGUUUCAUACUGUCUUGGCUGUUCUUUGCACUGAUCUGGUGGCUCAUUAUGUAUACGCACGGUGAUCUUGAGGAACUGCACCUGCCGCACAACCAGGAGGAGUCCGGCUGGGCGCCUUGUGUCUCGGCCAUUGACGGCUUCACCUCCUGCUUUCUGUUCUCGAUCGAGACGCAGCACACGAUCGGCUACGGCGUGCGCACCACGUCACCCGAGUGCCCCGAGGCCAUAUUCAUGAUGUGCUUCCAGUCCAUAUAUGGCGUGAUGUCAUCGGCGUUCAUGGCCGGCAUUGUCUUCGCCAAGAUGACACGCGCCAAGCAGCGUGCCCAGACGCUGCUGUUCUCCAAGCACGCGGUGAUCUGCCAGCGCGACGGCUGCCUCUCGCUGAUGUUCCGCGUGGGUGACAUGCGGAAGUCGCACAUUAUUGGCGCCGGCGUGCGGGCCCAGCUCAUAAGGACACGCACCACCAAGGAGGGCGAGGUGAUGACGCAGCACUUCACAGAGCUGCAGAUAGGCACGGACGACUCGGGCUCCGACUUGUUCUUCAUCUGGCCCAUGGUCAUCGAGCAUCGCAUCGACGAGAACUCGCCGCUCUACAACAUGAAUGCCACCGAUAUGCUGCAGGACAAGUUCGAAAUCGUCGUCAUACUGGAGGGCACCGUCGAGUCGACGGGGCAGUCGACGCAGGCGCGAUCGAGCUACAUCAAUACGGAGAUCCUGUGGGGCCACCGCUUCGAUCCCGUCGUCCUGUACAACAAGGACUUGCAGGCUUAUGAAAUCGACUAUGCGCGCUUCAACGAGACCACCCAGGUGGACACACCCCUCUGCAGCGCCCGCGAGCUGAACGAGAUCUACAAGAUACAGGAAGGCUUCCGUACACCAGAGACGACCUUCACCAUGCGUCAGUUGUCCAACAAUCAUUCCGAUCAGGCCUCAUAAGCAUUUGUGCCGUUCAAACUUUGUUUUCCUAUUUGUUGCUAUCUACAUAUAUAUAUAUGCAUAGUUUAUAGUAGUUGUAGUUGUUGCUCCUCGUUUGUCAACCAGCCUGCUUCGUGUUCCCCCGUCCCCAACCUCUGCUCAGAUGCGCAGCUCACCCAAUCCCUCAACGACCUCCACGCUCUCCAACAGCUCCGGCUACAGUUCCUGGUGCGGCCAUCCGCAGCGGCCGCGUCGCCUGCGCUGGCAGCUGUCGCUGCCCUUGCAGAGAGGCUGUUCUAUCGACACGUGAAACUUACGAGUACUUUUCUUUGAUUACUUACUGCUUACAAAAAUAAGUUAAUAAAUGCCUGAGCUUUUAGUGUACACAAAUUACACGUUCAGCGAUUCAUAUAAAUGACACAUAAUUGCCAUUAAACCA